UUCUUCUAACACCAACCGCAACGGAGGCACGUUGGGAGUCCUUAGCCGCUAAACCGAUGUAUUAUGCAAUUUUAUAAUAAUAUUUAGGUUAAGAUAACUAAGGAUGAGUCCGUAGAUAAGGAGUCGAAGGACUUGAUCCUUGUGCACGUGGCGGAGGGUGAUAGGGCUGGGUCGCAUAUGUGUUUUGUUUUGGGAAAAAAAAAUCAUUCAACCGAAGCCGAGGAAAAAAAAACAAAGCUCUCGACGAAAAGGCGAUAUCGUUGUGGUUCCUCGAUCGUGUUCUUCCACGAAGAUCCAAGGUCAACCAACCAUGGGACAAGACUAUAGCUACAGCCAGCCUUCUUCAUCUUCGGAGUUUGACAUGACCUCCCUACUCUUAGCAGAAGGUGAAGCCUACGCGGAUGAAGCUGAGAGUAGCUACACAAUUGAAGAGCCGGUUCAGUACCCACUGCAACCUGAGGCAGAUGAAGGCAUCCCGACGACAUGCUAUUGUGGUGCUGAGCCAGUUGUUGAAACUUCGUACACUCCUAGAGAUCCAGGCAGAAGGUACUUCUCGUGCGUCAACAUUGACGAUGGAGACUGUCACAUUUGGAAGUGGUGGGAUGUGGCGAUCAUGGAGGAGAUGUGUGACGUUCAGAGAAAAAUCAGGCUGCUCAAGGAUCAAUUCUUUGAGACUGACCAGAAGGUGGCAAAGCUAGAGAAGACCAUUGGUUUGUUACGUAAGAACAAUUCAGGGGUUGCAAAGGGAGUUUGUCUACUGGUCAUGGUAAUAACGGUCAUGAUUUUGUGCUGGAAGAGCUUUGGAGGAUUUAAGCCACAACGUCUCAACUCGAGAUUGUCUUGCCAGGUACGAUCUUGCUGCUGCUUAAUAAAAACCAACACUUCACUGUUUUUUAAGUUUGCGUAUAGUUUAGAUAUUGUCUUUGAAUAAAAAAAACAUAUUAGGAUGAUUUAAUGGUACUUUGCUUCCUAACUCCUUAGAUUUGAUAGGUUUUAAAAGUUAGCAGUAGAGAACUUAUUAGGAUGAUUUGAUUGGUGCUUAAAUGCUAGUUUACUUUCUAUCUGCCAAAGUACUCCGAACAUAAAUGUUUUUUACAUCUACUUCGCUUACUUAAGGGCCUGUGUUGCUAAUAGAGUGACGCAGACCAUCCUCUAAACAUGAAUGAUACAACUGGGUAUGUUAAUCUUUUGUAUAGUCAAUGUUCAGUUGACCUUGAGUCACCCGAACCUGCUUGGUUCGGUAGUCAAGGUCCUGGUGAGUCUCCUGUCGAGUCUGGUGUCGAGCCCACUAUCAAGGAGAGGAGGAAAUGGUCCCCUAGAGAGGAUAAAAUCUUGAUUAGUGCGUGGCUUAACACCAGCAAAGACGCUGUAGUCAGCAAUGACCAGAAAGCCCAAAAUUUCUGGAAGAGGAUUUUGGACUACUACAACGCAAGCCCUCUCCUUGUUGGGAUAUUACCUAGAGAGCUUCGCCAGUGCAAGCAGAGGUGGGCUAGGAUUAACGAGCAAGUGAGUAAAUUCGUAGGAUGCUAUGAUGCAGCUUUGAGGGAGCAGAGAAGUGGCCAAAAUGAUGAUGAUGUGAUGAAAGCUGCCCUCGACAAUUUCUGUGAUGCUUACGGUUACAAGUUCAAUCUUGAACAUGGGUGGAGGGAGCUGACGAAUGACCAGAAAUGGUGCUCAACCUAUGUUUCUAAAGACGGUGGGAAGGACAAGUGAAAACAUGUGGUGGACGUUGAUAGAGAAGAUGAAGUUGGAGAACCUGAGGCUAGACCAAUGGAUGUCAAAGCUGCUAAAGCUGCUGGGAAGAGGAAGAAGAAUGGCACGGAAGAAGAGAUGUCACAGCUACAGGCCAUAUUAGAGAUGAAGGAUAAACUCCAAAAGCAGAAAAUUCUGGAUCGUUUACUUGCCAAGAGAGAUCCACUCUCUGAGAUGGAGUCAUCUCUAACAUCUUAGGAUGAUAGUAAGGUUUUAAUGUGUGUAUUGGGUAGUUGCUUUAGUUACAUGUGCGUAUUGCUUUUGUUACAUGUGCGUUCUGCUUUUGUGCGUUGUCCUUUUAUGCUUUAUACUAACUCUUGUCUUUUGUGUUGUUUCAGGUUCAGCAGUAACUCACAAGGACGAAGUCACGGAGUUGUGAAAGUUGUAGUACCGCAUGUGAGCCAAGUCACGGGUUCUUGUGUUUCAGUUUAAGUAUCUCUCUUUGCUUCUUUAGCUAGUUAUCUCUUUUGCUUUGUUUCUCUGAACUCGAAGUUGUUUCCUUUUCUUCUCUUUUGCUACUACUAUAAAAUCUUGUUGUACUCUGGUGGCUACAACUCUCGUUGCCACAACUGUAAUCUCGAACAAUUUGUAAUAUCGGUCUCAUUACUGCUUUCACUAUUAGGUAACUGCAUUAUUAUUCAUUUAUAUGCUUCUCUUAUAUUAGAUUAAACUUGUAUCAAACUUGUAUCAAAACUUGUAGUACAACUUGUAUUAAAACUCGUAUCAAAACAUGUAUCAGAACUUCUAGUAAAACUUGUAUAAAAAGUUGUAGUAAAAUUUGUAUUAAACUUCUAUCAAAAAUUUCUACUAAAAUUUGUAUUAAACUUCUAUCAAAACGUGUAUUCAAACUUGUAGUAAUUCAAUUAUUAAUUAUAAUUUCAGCCAUUGUUUUUACUUGUAUGAAAUUAAUUGAACAAGGUAAAAAUUUAGCUCAUAGAUAACUGUUACCUUUUUAAAAAAAAACUGUACAUAAUUUGAACUAAUAUAUUAAAAAUUUAUACAAUAUUUUUAUUUUUCAAACAGGAUACAUAGAAAUGUCAUCUUCAUCUUAUGAAUUCGAAGAGAGAUUGGACGAAGUUUUCGAUGAAAUAUUCGAAGAUACUUUCAACAACAUAGUGGAGGCCCAAUCCAUACCGCAAAGAACACGUGCUUAUGUUGAACGAAACCGCGAAGGAGGACACGACCACUUAUGGAAUGACUACUUCAGCGAAGAUUGUACAUUCGCCCCACAUUUAUUCAGACGCCGUUUUCGCAUGAAUAAGGAAUUAUUCUUGCGUAUUGUCCAUGGCCUAUCAGAGUGGUUUCCAUUCUUUCAGCAAAGAAGAGAUGCAACCGGGAGGUUGGGUCUUUCUCCAUUACAAAAAUGUACGGCAGCAAUUCGUAUGCUUGCUUAUGGUUCUGCGGCCGACACGGUUGGCGAGUAUCUCCGACUUGGUGAGAGCACUGAACUUUCUUGUUUACAUAAUUUCACUGACGGAAUAAUACAAUUAUUUGGAGAAGAGUAUCUACGAGGACCCACACCGGAGGAUCUUCAACGACUACUCGAUAUUGGAGAGAAACGAGGGUUUCCUGGGAUGGUCGGGAGCAUUGACUGUAUGCAUUGGGAGUGGAAAAAUUGCCCAACCGCUUGGAAAGGACAGUACGCACGUGGAUCAUCAAAACCGACAAUUGUCCUAGAGGCUGUAGCUUCACAAGAUCUUUGGAUCUGGCACGCCUUUUUUGGUCCUCCGGGUACAUUAAAUGAUAUUAAUGUCCUUGAUCGGUCUCCUGUAUUUGAUGAUAUUUUAGAAGGUCGAGCUCCCAGGUUAAGGUAUGUGGUCAACGGACACAUGUAUAAGUUGGCAUACUACCUCACAGACGGUAUAUAUCUCAAAUGGUCAACAUUUAUCCAAUCUAUCACACUCCCUCAAUCUCCGAAACAAGAGUUAUUUGCUAAAGUGCAAGAAGCAGCCCGAAAAGAUGUGGAGCGGGCUUUUGGAGUAUUGCAAGCUCGAUUUGCGAUUAUGAAAAACCCGGUUCGUACAUUGGACAAAGAAAAGAUAGGGAAGAUUAUGAGAGCGUGUAUCAUACAACACAAUAUGAUAGUUGAAAAUGAACGAGAUGGUUACAGCCGGUACGAUGCAGAAGAAUUUGAAGAAGGAGACGUCACCAGAAGUUCAGAGGUCGAAACCAAGAGGCCUACAAAUAUGAAUAAUUUGUUUCCCAAUCGGAAUGAUCUUCGUGAUAGGCAUAUGCAUGAACGAUUGAAGAAUGAUUUAAUCGAAAAUAUUUGGAACAAAUUUGGUGAUGAAGAUUAAUAAUUUGUGUAUCUUUUCCUUUCAUCAUUGUAUCUUUAUUUUUAGUUAUGCAAUUAACAAAAUUUCAAUUU